GCCCUUACUUCCACCGACAGACUGCACACAAGGGGGGAGCUUUUUUCUCUCUUUCUCGCACAUUUUCAGGGGAUUUUAACGCAUUUUUAACCACCAUCCUAGAGGAGAGGGGGGAAAUUGGUUCUUUUUUUGGGGAGAAAGCACAAUGUCAGCGACCUUUCCGGGACUUGUCCACGACGCAGAGAUACGUCACGACGGAUCAAACAGCUACCGGCUCAUGCAGCUCGGUUGCCUGGAGUCCGUGGCCAACUCCUCGGUCGCCUACUCCUCCUCCUCCCCGCUCACCUACCCGGCGCCGGCGGGCACGGAGUUCGCAUCUCCUUAUUUCUCCGCCAACCACCAGUACACGCCCUUGCACCACCAGUCUUUCCACUAUGAGUUCCAGCACUCCCACCCGGCCGUGGCCCCGGAGGCCUACGGGCUCAACUCGCUCCACUCGGGCCAGUAUUACCAGCAGAUCCAUCACGGAGAGCCCGCAGACUUCAUUAAUCUGCACAACGCUCGCUCGGCGCUCAAGUCGUCGUGCCUGGACGAGCAGCAGCGGCGAGAGCUGGGCUGCCUCGAUGCGUACCGGCGCCACGACCUGUCGCUCAUGACGUCACACGGCUCCCAGGCCUACGGCGUCGGGAUGCACCAUCCGGACCAGAGACUGCUGCCGGCGGCCGGCCUGGGCCUCCCCUCUGCCGCGGAUGACCUACAGGGCUCCGUGGAAGCUCAGUGUGGGCUCAUGCUCAACGGCCAAGGGGGCGUCAUCCGGAGAGGGGGAACUUGCGUGGUGAACCCGACAGAUCUGUUCUGCUCGGUACCAGGUCGACUGUCACUGCUCAGCUCCACCUCCAAGUACAAAGUCACCAUUGCAGAGGUGAAGAGAAGACUGUCACCGCCGGAGUGCCUCAAUGCCUCGCUACUGGGUGGAAUACUGCGCAGAGCCAAGUCAAAGAACGGCGGACGGUGUCUUCGGGAGAAAUUAGACCGUCUCGGCCUCAACCUGCCGGCAGGACGGAGGAAAGCUGCCAAUGUCACGCUGCUAACCUCCCUAGUGGAGGGAGAAGCGCUCCACCUGGCAAGGGACUUUGGCUACACCUGUGAGACAGAGUUUCCCAGCAAGGCAGUCGGCGAACAUUUGGCCCGGCAGCACAAUGAGUCAAAAGAAAACAACGCGAGAAAGAAAAUGGUUCUGGCUACAAAGCAAAUCUGUAAGGAGUUCCAAGACUUAUUGAGCCAAGAUCGUUCUCCUCUGGGAUCCUCCAGACCCACACCUAUUCUGGACUUGGAUAUCCAGAGACACCUCACACACUUCAGUCUCAUCACUCACGGUUUCGGUACACCGGCGGUUUGUGCAGCUCUCAGCACUUUCCAAACAGUCCUGAGCGAGAUGCUCAACUACCUGGACAAAAACUCAAGCGGGAAAACAGGCGGACCAAACGAUCAACAGAUCAACAGCAGCUCGGAAAAGUCGCAGCUCCGCAAAGCAGCUGAGCCCCAGAGCAAAGACGGCAAAACUGAAAAGACUGAGUAGCCCGAUCCGCUUGGUCCCCCCCGGUGCCUUGGAGCUGCGUGUGUGUGUGUGUGUGUGUGUGAGUGAGAGCAAUAGAGAAAGUGUGUGUGCAUGAUAUAUUUAUUUUUAUUUCUUUAUUUAUUGAUUCCAUAUUUAAGGUGAAAACACCAAUGUGUUCAGGACAGGAGUGGCAACUGCACAUUACACAAAAACUUCCUCUAUUCAUCUGACAGGGUGAGAGAAGCUGAUGCAAGCAUUUUUUUCCCCUAUGUCCCUUAGAAGAACGCUAUGAUGUCAAGGAUAGAAAGAAUUUCAUGAUGGUUUACGUUCUUUUCCUACAUGGGAUCCAUUUCUCAGCCCACCAAGUCAAGAACAGAUGCCCCCCCCAACCCAUAAAGCUCUAAAAGCAGAUAACAGUAGACUGUUUUAAAUGUGUGAGUGAGUAUGCGAUGCAAUAUGCUGUUCUCAUCAGAAUUUAGUAGAAAAAUGGAACACAACCAACAUUAUAAAGCGCAUACAGAGGUAGAUAAAACUACAGGUAUCUUGUGUGUGUUUUUUUAAAUACCUACAUCCACAGGUUGCCUACAGCCACACCUGUUAAUGCCUGUUUUUUAACCAGGUGCUAAUUAGUAAUCCUGGCGGUUAUUUGUUUUUCUACGAUCACACACCCAGGAACUACAAGAGAGACUAAUUCAUUUAGUGCUUAACCAUUUCUUACUUAAUUCUACUGAGAAGACAUGAAAUGUGAAAGUGUGUAUGAAUGUGUCUUUUUGGUUGUUGUUUUUUUUUUUAGGGGGGGCGGUUGUAAAGAGUCCAGAGGGUCUGAAGUCAGCCAUUUUGUAACAGUGACUCAGCAUUUCCUGUGCAUGUCUAUCUUUGUACACUCCUCAAAAAAAACACAGGUUUAGCCGACACGACAAAAUCUCUUCGACUCGCUAUUGAACAUUUGUAAAGAUAUAUAUAAAUAUUUAAAUUACUUUUCUUGUAGGAUUUGGACGAUA